CUUCAGUUCUUCGGCAGCCGCAUCGCAGUUCGUGUCGUUUCGCUCGUACGUAAUCGUGAUUCGGAAUUGAUUAUUCCUCCCUGUUAGAAGGGUGAUUCCAUUCAAUUUAAACCGGAAAGUCAGUCGGUCGUUCAUCUUCUCCAACGUGGAGAAGAGGUUUUUGAUAACGUGAGUGAAUUGAACGGUGAAAACUAUUGCGUGAUUUCGGGGUUGAGAAAUAGAGGUGAUUAUAGCAAGGAUUUAUUAUCGUCGUCGUGCCAAAAGUGGAGCCAGCAAGGAGUCAAAGAAGUGUCAAAUUUUAGUAUACAAAAUUAGCAGAAAAUAAAAUCAAAAGUGAAAAGAAGCUCCAGUUGCUUGUGUUCGAUUGUGAAUGUUUUUCGAUAAGUGAGUGAAAAAUACGGAUUUCGACGGACGAAGUCACCGUCUGCAAGCAGUAGCAGCCCUAUCAACAGAGAACACAGCGUCCAGUUGGGGCCCGUAACACAGCCAAUCCGCUAACUUUUUCCGGGCAAAGGAUUACCGAAAAGGCUUCAAGCUGUGGGGCUCAGGAGCAUAUUUUCUACAUCCCCAGGGGAUGUACUUUCCGCACAUGGUCCAGGGGAUAGGACCGUUUCCGGGAGCCGCCGGGUUUCCACCCACAGCAGCACAGGCCGGACUGGGGGCCGACGGGCUCUCGGUGCAGGUCGUCAAAGGCGGAGGAGCGGCAACUGGCGGUGGAGGUGUGGCCGGUGGAGGCGGAGGCCUUGCCAUGGCCGUGGCCGAUCACCAGCUCAGUACCCUUAAGCAGCACCAGGAACAGCUCAACCAGCAGCACCAGCAACAACAGCAACAGCAGGCGGUGGCCGCGGCAGCAGCCGCGCAGCUCGCCAAUUCACAGUCACUACGAAAUACUGUCAGCCAGUAUAGCUCUCCAUCAGUAUUAGGCGUCCCGCCAGGGGCACCGCCACCGACCUCGUUGUCCUCAAUCAGCGCCGCCGUCAGUAGCAGUGGGUUGACCAGCAGCUGCCCCACAUCCGCAGCAGUCAGUGCCAUCACCAGUAGCGGAACCGCUGGAGUCCCCGCACUCGCCGGAAUCUCCAACGGAAUUGAACAACAGACUGUUAGUAUUAAGACCGAAUUAUUGCAGCAAACGGAACCAGAAACGCAAGUCUCAAGUGCCAACAACAUCCAAACCAACAGCAGUACCAACAGCAGCAACGUCAGCUGUAGUUCACCGUCAGAUGUAGCCACCGCCGCCGCCGCACUCAUCGCCGCCAGCAGUAGUGCGCUGGCAAGCAGCGCGGCCGCCAUCAGUGGUGGCAGCAUCGGCAGCAGCAGUAGUAGUCCGGGCGGCAGCUCCAUCAUGACCACCGGAAGCAGCACCAUUACGACAACGGCCGGUACUGGUACCGUGCCGCUGAGUACGGCGCAGCAGCUCUCGGUGGUAGCCGCGUCAGUGCAAAGCCAACAACAGCAGCAGCAAAAUGUGGCCGCGGCCGUGGCGGCCGCUACCGCGCUAGCCGAAUCCAAAGGACAACCAAAGCGAUUACACGUGUCGAAUAUUCCGUUCCGAUUUCGGGACCCGGACCUGCGGUCCAUGUUUGGGCAAUUCGGCACCAUCCUGGACGUAGAGAUCAUCUUCAACGAGCGAGGCAGCAAGGGAUUCGGUUUUGUAACAUUCGCUAAUAGUAGCGAUGCGGAGCGAGCACGCGAACGUCUUCACGGCACUGUGGUUGAGGGACGCAAGAUUGAGGUCAAUAAUGCAACCGCACGAGUUCAAAGUAAAAAAGUUCCUGCUGUUUCGAGCGUGUUUCUGACGAAACCAGGCACCGUUGCGGCUCCUCCUCUGGCAGCGGUUUGCGUGCCCUGGCCAACCGAAGGUUACCGCCUGUCGAUGGGCGCCUGGCCGUGGUUAGGAGCAACGGCAGCGACCGUCGGAGCAACCGGAGCCCAAUCGGCGGCCCUAGCAGCCGCCGCAGCAGCUGGUGCGGCACCAACGUCGGCCGCCGCUGCCGCCGCAGCAGCAGCCGCGGCAUCGUCUAACCAGGCGGCAGCCGCCGCAGCAGCAGCCGCAGCGAACCAGCCGAUGAAUGCAGCGGCUGCGGCCGCAGCAGCCGCCUCACCGUUGUUGAUAGCUCAGGCGGCCCAGCGGGCUGCGGUCGCCGCCCAGCGGCAACGUGUGUAUUUCGAUCCAUACCUGGCGGCAGCAGCGGCAUCAGCGGACCAGCAAUAUCGCCUGCAGGCUGCUAAACCGGUGACGGAGGUACCCGCCCAACCGACUAUUUUGAAUGCUGCUGCACCCCUAUUAAAAACGCCAUUGUCGCAAGCUCAGCAGGCCUACAAUGCAGCAACCUAUACGGCUGUGGCAGCAAGAGCCGCCUAUGGAGCAGCAGCGGCAGCUCAACCGACCGUGGCAGGCUACGCCACUGUUGCAGGAUACGGACGUGAAUAUGCUGAUCCUUAUCUGGGUCACGGAAUUGGACCAGUUCCCGGCUACGGGGCAACCAUGUACCGAGGAACGUACAAUCGCUUUGCGCCAUACUAGAUUUAAGUGGGCACAAUUUGUUCCAUACAUCCGCCAUUUUGUAUAACAAGUAUACAACACAAAACCCAUAUUCGCACGCGCUUCCGUUUGUUUACAUUUGAGUGUGAAGGCGAGAUAGUUAUAAUUUUGUUUUCUAAACAUCGUAACACCGGAAAACAAACAGCCAAGCAGGGUGCGGAUAGGUCCCCCCACCACAGAGAGGAAAUGAAUGAAUGGAUAUUAAACAACAAACCAACGCAUAGAAACACUAAUCCAGGAUCGAUACCAAAGUUGUAGCAAAACCAUGAAAGAUGAUGAUUAAUAUGAUGAAGGAGAAAGAGGCCUACAACGCCGUUCCAUCGCAGUAAAAAUUCCGCUCUCUAUUUUCGAAAUAUCUACAGUUGUAGAUAUUCGCUAGUAAUUUCGUGAUUCACUCGUCGACCCUGAAAAAAUAGGAGUCAAGGAUUCAAUCUGACUACACUGAAACAAAUGAUGAUAUUCGAUCGUGACAAGAAGGUUAAUCUCUCUACUAAAGGUAGGAUUGAUAGUUUUGAAAGAUUUUUGGUACAACCCCAUAGAAGAUAAGACUGCAACAGUCAGUAUACUCAGAAGAAAGUUUUCCCAUUUUUUACAACCGGUUCCUUCCAUGAUGAAAUAGUGUGUCGGUACGCAUGUACCCGAAUAGAGUAGCAACGUCCAGCAGUUCCUGUAGAAACAGAUUUUUUGUCCCUUUUCGGUACGGCCAAUGUUACAAAGUCAUCCUAUGAAGCUUCCAAAAUUAUUUUGUUUACAGUAGAUUUUUCAGUUACCACAAUACAAAGAAUUUAAGCAGUUUGUCAGUGUUAGGUACGGUUUAUACAGUUUCUAGAAUUCGUUACACCCAGAUGGUAAUGCUCAAAAUCUCAAUAGAUUGUAUUUUCUGAUUGUCAUAUGUGAAAUAAAAAGAUUUGUGGAGUUCAAAAAA